UGUCGCCCUAAAGGCUGGAAUUUUUUUUUUUUUGAAAUUCGUUAGAACUGUACUGCCUUAAUUAUUGUUUAAGUUAUUUCAAACUUAUAUUUAACAUAUUAUUAUAGAAGUAGUAUAGUUCGUUUUGUUAUCAUUCUGUUGACGAAUUUUGUUUUGAAAAAAUGGCUGACAUCGAAGAUACUCACUUUGAUACUGGAGACUCUGGCGCGUCUACAACGUACCCCAUGCAAUGUUCGGCUCUGCGAAAGAACGGUUUCGUCAUGUUGAAAGCCCGCCCUUGUAAAAUUGUGGAUAUGUCUACUUCUAAGACUGGUAAGCACGGCCACGCUAAGGUUCAUUUAGUUGGCUUAGACAUAUUUUCUGGCAAGAAGUAUGAAGAUAUUUGUCCUUCAACUCACAAUAUGGACGUUCCCCAUGUCAAGCGUGAAGAUUAUCAGUUAACUGACAUAUCAGAUGAUGGUUUCUUGAGUUUGAUGUCUGACAACGGUGAGUUGCGUGAAGAUUUGAAGGUCCCAGACAGUGAGCUUGGCCUACAAUUAAAAACCGACUUCGAUCUUGGAAAAGAGCUUUUGUGUACUGUAUUGAAGUCUUGCGGUGAAGAGGUUGUGAUUGCCAUUAAAACAAACACAGCUUUAGACAAAUAAUAAUAACAAACGACUUAAUAAGUUGAACGAGUUAAAACAUUUCUUUUUUUUUUUUUUAUACUAAGUGGCUAAAACAUUUUCAAAAUCUUCUUUUUAAUUAUUAUUAUUAUUAAUAAAACUUAGAAUAUGAUAAAUUACUUGUAAACUGUUAUUAAUUACACUGUAUAAUAAUCUACCGACCUUCAAUAUAUUUAAAUUUCUAUUUAAAUAUUAUGAUGGUAGCUAUAUUAAAAAAUAAAUCAUUGUUUUUAAUUUUUAUAAGUUAUAAAUAAAAGCUAUGGGUUUAACCAGAUUUUGAAAUAUAUGCAGCCAGUCACAAAUAUUAUAAAAAAAAGUGGAGUUUCUUUUGGACUUUUUUUAUACCUUUUCCAGAUCUACAGUAAUACAAAUAAAAAAAAUAGUAUGACACCAUAUAAAAUAUUUUUCAUCAUAUGUAUAAUUUAAGAUUUAUUUUAUAAUAACCUACUGCUCAUACCAUAAUAUAUAACAUUUUUGCCGAUAUUAACUCUUAUGUAUGUUAAGAUAAAAUUGUUAAAUGUAUAUUACCUAUUAAUAUAAGUUUUGAUAGUGUACCACUUACGUCACCUUGUUUUGAUACUUUCUAAAUUUUCUAAUUUUAUUCUCUCGUACAGAUGUAGUUUUCAUUUUAAAAUUAAAAAUUAAAAUUGUAUACAAGUAUAAUUUAUAAAAUUGUGAAAACUACUCUGUAAUUAUAAAUUGAGUUUGGUUUAAAAUGUAUAUUAAUUAUAGUUAAUUGUGGAGGACUUCUAUCUGAAAUGUUUUUAAUUUCAGUUUUUUUUUCUAUUGUAGAUUAAUGUCAAUGGCAUUUGAUAAUUUUGAUUUGUAAGAAGUAAUCGGAUAAAUUAUUAAAUUAGCUUAAUACUUAAAUUAAGAAAUAUUUCCAUCUGCUAAUUAAAACAUAUUUUAAAGAUUUAACUGUUUGAAAAUGUCUUAAUGUGUAUUCGGACUAAAAAGGAUAAUCAUAAUAACUAUUCGUAAAUUUUAUACUUAGGGUUUUAAUUUUUUUUCUCGUGCAAUAGCUUGUGAAAAUUUGUUAAACAUAUUGCUGAUGGACUUAAUAUUAUUAAAUUUUGUGUCCAUUAACUUAGCUUGGAUAUUGAUCAUCUCUAUCAGUGUUUGUUGUAGCACUGGUAUUUAAAUAAUUUGGUCAGUUUCAAAUAUUUUUUUAAAUACUUCAUUUACAAGUAUUUAAUAAACUAUUUUAAUUCAA